AUGAGAGAGGACGCGCAACCGUACGCAGUCACCGCACCAAGGAGAGUGGCCUUACCCUACCUUGAGAAAGUCAAAGCUGAGCUAAGUAGGAUGGAGAGCUCAGGAGUUAUCUCACCUGUAGAUGAGCCUACGGACUGGUGCUCAGGUCUCGUGGUGAUCCCAAAGAAAAACAACUGUGUUAGACUUUGUAUUGACCUGACACAACUCAACAAGUGGGUCAGAAGGGAGAAUUUCCAAUUACCAAGCACAGAGGAGACCCUCAACAGACUCACAGGAGCCAAAGUUUUUUCAAAGUUAGAUGCUAACAGUGGAUUUUGGCAAAUACCUCUAGCUCCAGCAUCUAGACUCUUGACCACAUUUAUUACACCAUUUGGGCGAUAUUGUUUCAACAGAGUACCUUUUGGUAUCUCAUCAGCCCCGGAGUACUUCCAGAAAAGGAUGCAGAUGAUUCUAGCUGGGUUUGAGGGUGUCUUAUGUCAGAUGGACGACAUACUUGUGUUUGGAGCCACCCAAGAGGAACAUGAUGGCAGGCUAGAAAAUGUGUUGAGAAAACUGUGUGAAGCAGGCAUAACUCUUAACAGUGCAAAGUGUGAGUUCUCAAAGGACCAAAUCACCUUUGUAGGACAUGUCAUAGACCAAAAUGGGAUUCAACCUGAUCCAAAGAAGGUGUCAGCAGUCAAAAACUAUGAAGCACCGCAAAAUGUGACAGACGUUCGACGCUUCUUAGGAAUGGUGAAUCAGCUCGGACGAUUUACUCCUAAUCUGGCAGAGCAUAGCAAACCGUUGCGUGACUUGCUACACAAGGACAACGAAUUUACAUGGGGACCUCCACAGGAGCAAGCUUUCAGCAAGAUUAAAGAAGAACUGAGUAAUGAGACAGUUCUCGCUCUGUAUGAUCCAAAAGUUCCAACAAAAGUGUCGGCAGAUGCGUCGUCAUAUGGAUUAGGAGCCGUACUUCUCCAAGCGACAGACAGCAGCAGCAGCAAGCAUUGGAAGCCAAUUGCUUAUGCUUCACGAUCCAUGGGCCCAACCGAGCAACGAUACGCACAAGUAGAGAAAGAAGCACUUGCUGUGACGUGGGCUUGUGAGAAAUUCUCAGAUUUCCUGAUUGGCAUGAAAUUUAACAUAGAGACAGACCAUAAACCCCUGAUAUCUCUACUGGGAUCGAAAGCUAUUUCUGAUCUACCACCAAGGAUACAGCGUUUCCGCAUGCGACUCAUGAGAUAUGAGUAUGAGAUAUACCAUGUUCCUGGUAAAAAUCUUUACACAGCUGAUGCACUCUCUAGAGCACCGCAGCAAGAUAUGUCAAAAGAAGAGGAGGAGUUCCAGACGGUGGUGGAAGCAUACGUAGACUCCAUCAUAGAAACUCUUCCAGCAAGCGAGUCGCUACUAGAAGAAAUACGACGAAAACUACAUGAGGAUAGCGUGUUACGCAUUGUCAUGCGGUACUGUGAGGAGGGUUGGCCAGGAUUUGAGAAGCCAUCAAUCAACAUUGUCACUCGUCCAUUUUGGCAGAUAAGAGAAGAACUCUCAGUCUGUCAAGGGUUACUUAUGAGAGGAAAUCGACUCGUUAUUCCUACAGCUCUAAGAGCUGACAUGUUGCAGAGAAUCCAUGAAGGACAUCAAGGAAUACUGAAGUGUCGGGAACGAGUCAGAAAUUUUAUUUGGUGGCCAGGGAUUAAUCGUGAAACCGAGGACCUAGUGAAAAGCUGUUCUGUCUGUGUGAAAAACAGACCAGAUCACGCAGAGCCUUUACGACCAACCAAAUUUCCAGACAGGCCAUGGGAGAUGUUAGCAACAGACCUAUUUCACCUGAAAAAUGACAAUUAUCUACUCGUCGUUGACUAUUUUUCCCGCUAUGUUGAAAUAGCAAAGUUGGAAAGCACCACAUCACAGACCAUAAUAAAUCAUCUUAAAUCGAUACCACAUCACAGACCAUAA